GCUGUCACGAUGAAUACACAGAGUUCACUCAUCCAUGGCGCCUUUGUUUUAUUGUUCCUAUCGCUGCUGCAGUCCACACCCGUUAGCUGUUAUGGCGAUCUAGCCCGAAGUCGCUUGACAGCCCAGGCGGAGCACAAUCUGGCCGCGAUCACAACUCAUGCUGUAGUAAAGGCCACCGAAUUGGUAGACAGUGUAGUGGAUGAUCUACUCUUCCUGGACUCGCAGAACACCAUACUGCUCAACUAUCUAAGCAGCUUGGAGGAUUUCCUUGCCAUUAGUGGCAAUCAAACAAAGGAAGUUCUGCAAUCCUUCUAUGAUAUCGUGGGUGUCUACUUGGAUGCUGAUGUGGCCGAGAAGACAUCGAGUAUUGAAACCCAAUUGAUCUCCUUUCUCCUGCAACGAAAUGGCUUCGAUCGCUGGAAACGCACCAUCCAAUUGCGUACGACGCAGUUACUCAAAUCCUUUGGCACGAAAUUCAAAAGGUACACCGAGACUCUCGACCAGGAGGAGCGUGUGGUUCUUGAAGAACGUUGGAAACUGAUCACAGUACGUAAUGGGCAGAGAAAACUGGAAAAAUUUCGGAAUUUUGUUACCUGGUUGGCGCGAUAAGGUCAAUAAAAAUUCCAAUCGAGAUAGUUCAACUACGUCAACAACUAUAAAACUUUAUUAUGCUCAUAAUUUAUUUUCUGUAAUAAUUUAUUUAAACAUAUAUAUAAGUCCAUUCGUAAUGACUCUGAUAUUGUACAUUAAUUCCGAACAUUUAUUUAUAAUUUAAUUAGUGACUUUAUGUGUCUUCAACGUGUCACGAUAUCUGACAGACAAAAGCAACAUAUCUAUUGUUCAUUAAAUUGUAUCUCUGAGAUAAGCAAA